AUGGCUUGUGAAGUGCAUGGAUCUGGAAAUUUCCAUCCGCUGAUAGUAGAGGCAGGUAAGAGCCAUCUCGCUUGAUGCAUUCAAAAUCAAACAACUAGAACGUGCGACAUGCUCAACCCAACCUGUUUUAUCUUGAAUUUUCUCUGCACAAUGAUAUCCUCUAUUGCUCCAGCAAAGAAAGCUAGGUGGCACAAUGGCAUUUGUGUUUGUAGCUACAUUUCACGCCUGCAAAGUUUCAAGCGGAUCUGAAAACGAUAAAUACCAGCUUAACCUACACAAAACCUUGGCACCGAUGGGCACCUACUUGGCGUUACAAAGUGAUGUUUUUUACCGUCUACUUCCGACCCAUAUUGAUGUAAAGAUCACAGUUUUCUUCCUUACCGAGAGUGCGCAAACAUCAAGGGAACACCAGACAAGUUGCCAGCACGUCCGCUAGCUCGGCAUAACUUCGCCGUUAUUUCACACAACACCACAUUCUAUCAGUCUUACCAUCCCUAUCUUCUUUAUGCAUAGAAAUGGCCGCUAAGUGGGACCCUAUUUUUCAAAUCUCUCACAGUUGUUACGCCUCAUUUUUAACCUUGAAUUGCCUUUAAAUAGGCCACUUUCUACUCGCUGCUCUUCUAGAUUGUCACUACCGCCUUUUCAUGAGCAACCUGUGAUGAACCCGUUACUUGGUUACAUGGAACGGUUCCGGAAAUGUUCUCCCGCACUGUGUUAUUCAUGUUCAACAAAUUCCAGUAGAAGAAUUCACAAAGGCUGGCUCGUUUCUCCUAGAAAUUAUUCCAACUCCUAAUCGAUGCAUCCUUCUAGACUGAUACCUGUUUCUUUGGAUCACGUCACUUUUACUCUGCAACUGUGGAACCUCUUCUCCUUGGUCAUCCCGCGCGUCUUAUUUUUACGACUUGCUGCCGACCUAAUGACUGACACCUCAACCCAUCUGGUUUAGGUCAGAACUGAAAAUUUUCAGCCCGAGCCAAGUCCCCUUUCGUAUGGUGAAAAUGCGGAUUACUAGAACGUUUACCUCCUCAUGUGUCCUGUACUCCGUAAUAAUUUACUCAUUGCUCACUUCCUUCCUCCUUCUUCUCAAACUAACGCCGGAGGAUUCGUCUACAAAUUGUGAGAGUCCUGAUUCUCACAGGUCUUUCCAACGCCAAGAAGCCCAUAUUCUCCCCAAAAUUUUUCUUAUAACAGCCACCUAUAAUAGGCCUGAACAGGCAGCUGAGCUUACCCGUUUGUGUCACACCUUUCUCCACGUGCCUAAUAUCCACUGGCUGGUAAUCGAAGACGCCGCAAAUAUCUCUUCGUAAGUUCCUCUGUGGUUUCUUCGCUUCUAGUGUCUACCCAUGCCGCCCUUCACUGCUAGCUUUAACCAUGUUCUCCGCAAGUGUUAAUACACAUGGCCAUGUGUUUCUCUCGUAGUUUUUUUCGAUAAGAAUGCGCUUUCCGUCUUUCACAUUCCUACUUUUUGCCUAAACUCAAUGUCGUGCUUUGUUUUUCCCGGCCGCACUUGGCAGCAAGGUGUCAAGACUACUUGGUCGCUGUGGCGUCCCGUUCACCUUGCUUCACGCAAAGACGCCCGCCGCAGAGGUUCAGAGACCUAAUGAGCCACGUUGGCGUCACGCACGUGGUGUGGCCCAGAGAAAUCGCGGUCUCCGCUGGCUUCGCGAAAAUCUCGUCCGCGACCAAGACAAGGGGGUCGUCUACAUGGCUGAUGAUGAUAAUACAUACUCCCUGCAGCUCUUUAAUGAGGUGAGACUGGCGGGUGUUGUUGGAUUCCUAAUAUUUUUGAACUUUUGGAUUCGCGCCGAAUAUCCACUGCGGGAUUUCGAAUGCUAUUCAUGUUUAUUCGUAUUUAUACAACUUCAGUUUUCCCUUUUGUCAUCACUUAACUUUCGACGACAUUCUUCCCCAUAGAUUUCCGCAGUUAGCAGGAAGUGGAUGAUGGCAAAGCGUGAGGCAACUGCUGCAAUGAAGAGAAAUUGUGCAACACAAACAACUUGAGAAUAAAGGGUGGGAUUUGAGUUGUUGCUGUGUGAUCAGUAGUAUUGGGAAAAUCGGCCAGCAACCAUACCAAACAGAAAACGCUGGUUUUCGUCCGAUUGCCGAGGUUAAGCCACGUUAAUUCCGAGGAGUACUUGCGUUGGUGACCGACCGGUGACAACGGGCGUUACUGACAUCUCUGUUUUGCUCCCCCACAACAGACUACGCGGGAGAUGCGCUGGACCGACAUGGAGCCAUGCUAAGGCACUGUACACGUUGCCCACAGAUGGGCGGUGUGAUAAAAUACUUAGGCUCAGGCUCACGCCGCAACGGUCACUUACGCUCAGUUUCCGUACCAGAUGGCCAACCGGCUCGGAAAAUGGGCUGUUGCCUGUGAAAGGGAAAACAGAGUGGGGUCGACUCCGAGGACCCGGUCCCCACGAUACUUCGCACAUACUUCUCACUACAAACAAUCUGGUGCACCGUUAAACUAUCACGGUGAGCCAAAAGCCGUGGCUUAAAACAUGCCAACUGGCGAGACAACUCGGUCCUCCUUCUAGAACGGAGAGUCAGACUGUAAUGACUUCUCCUCGAUGUGGUCACUAUGGUACUGUCACUCAGUUGGCAUGUGAGACGCCCCCUUCCUCGUUUUCCUGAAAACCUGGUUCAGCGUGCGCAGGCCAGGCGUAUGUGGCACGCGUAAAUGGGCUGUUUAACUUUGUCAGCUAUUGCACCCGACUCCGCCCUCAGUCUUCUGGACUCUGUCUUGACGUCGCGCCCAGGUGGAUGAGGGAAGAGGGAGUGUGGUAGACGUAGCACUUGUCUACUAUCAUUACGCCAAUUCGACUAUCGUUUCCGACGAUGUCUACCAUGUGCUCCAUACAGGGUGGAAACAAGGACGGUGACUUGCGCGUGAAUUAGUUUAUGAUGAUGCGAUGCAUCUACCGCACCCUCCCUCCCCACUUGGGCCUGGUGUCACGGUGGUGUCAACAAGACCAGAGGCAGGAGAGGACGCAGGUGGCUGGCACGGCGAAAAUCUCCACCUUAGCGCGUGCCUUCACACCCGGCUCGGAUUCCACUAAGUGAGAGUGCUAUAGAGGCCACAUUGAGAAGGGGUCAUUGCAGCCUGACUCUCAGUCCACCCGUCGGCCACCUCACACAAUCACACACUAGCCUAACUGUGAGGUUUAUAGUGAGGAAUAUGCGCUGUGACUAACGAUCACGUUCUCUCUUCCCACUCUCACGCACCAGUCUUUUGUUCGAGCUGGUCAGUCGUCUGAUGCGGGAGUGAACGCAGUGGCUGACAGAGUUAGGGAGCCUUCUGCAUGCGCCAAAUGUUCCACCUGGCCCUCCAAACACACACCAGGACUGCACACACGAGCGGGGAGCGACCCCGAACCGCACAUUUGUGAUUGAUUGCCAUUAAAAAGGAUCGAUCGCAGUCUGACUGUCAGCCCACAAGUUGGACACUCCGUACAAACGCACACUGGGCCGACUUCGUGGCCGGAUUUGGGGCGUCAGUGUGCAAUCUCCCAAGCCAAAGCUUUUAGAUCGCUGUGUUAGUCUCACGCGCGUCAGAUUGUUUAUAGUGAGGAAUUAGGCGCUGAAAGUCGACUUCGCUCACUCUACCUUAUCACGUACACCAGUUAACUGUCAAAGCUGGUCAGCCACCUGACGCUGAGAUUGGGAGAGCUGACUCAUAGAACUGGGAACAGCUCGUCCACUCAUGCCACACGCAAGUAACCUGUCCCCCUCCCCGUACGAACACACCAGGAUAUCACACAGAAUGAGAUGGACUGCUCCGUUCUUACAUGUGUCAGAGGAGCCACGUUGAGAGAGGGGUCGAAGGGCACACUUCCCACUGGGGAGGGCGCAGGUGGAUGGCACGGUCUAGCCCGCACCUUCGCGCACCACUCCACACCCCCUGGUCCACACAACAGAUAACCAGGUUUUUGGCCAACAACCUGGCUGGCACGACCGAAGACGCGCCUAGGCAUGCCGUCACACUCAGCUCGGACCCCACGGAGUGGGAGUGCCAUCAAAGCCACAUUAAGAAGGAGCAAUUGCGGCCUGACUUUCAGACCUCCAGCCGACCACUCCACACAAACGCACAGCACUGGGCCGACUGCGAGGUCCAAGUUAUCCCGUCAGUUGGCAACCUUCCAAGCCACGGCUUUUAGCGCAUCGUGAUAGCUUCAAGCGCGUCAGACUGUUUAUAGUGAGGAAAAUGCGCUGAGUCGUCGACCUCACCCCCCCCUUCCCAUUCCCAUGCCUCGGCCACUGUUCGAGCCGGUCAGUUGACUGGUGCGGAGAAUGGGCGCGGUGGCUGACAUAGUCUAGUGAGGAGGAGUAGGAAGAGAGUGUGUUGUUUCUUUGUUGGUUGUUUUGACCGUGAGUUUAACAUCUGCGACGACGUGGUUCCCCAGCAUUUGUUCAGGGCACCUUUUCUAGCUCCUUUCCCCUUGCAGGGGCGAGCAGUGCCACCCUAAAAAGGGCUGCACAGUCGUCAGGCGUUGUGGAACUCCACUAUGGGCCACGGAUUUGGUGUAGUGGAAGAACGACCCGAGUUAGCCUGGAGAGCUUACGACGACGCCGUAAGCUGGUGGCCUCUUGCUGUGUACCAGACGGAGCCUUGUCUCGACGAUGCCGAUACGAAGUUCCGUCCGACCAGCCGACCAGCGGAGUCCACAAUACCGUGCGCGCAGAUGCACACACGGAUACCUUCACGUAGUUUAGCCCGACGGUCGACGCGGUUACCAGGGUGUGACCGCUAUGCAGAGCCUAGUUUUGAGGGGCCACAUGUGAGAGUUGGGUGCCAACAAAUGGACGCCAGACGUAGUCUGCACCCGCAAGCAAGUGAGCGACCUACUGCGACCGUCACGUGAGCUCACCGCUGGACACCCCUUCACCCCUCCCACUUCUUACUAUCAUUAUAAAUUAAUUUACGCGCAAGUCACCGUCGUUGCACCCUCCCUGCUGUACGAUACGCGAUGGAAUCGCCGUUAGCGACGGUCGAACUGUCGUUGGGCAGGUCAGAAAACCAUGCCAUAUUGGCAGAAUGGGUUUACAAGAUAGGUCUCGCCUGCGAGCGCUUUAGCAGCAUCACACGAUGUAACUUAUCUGCCUGCAUUUACUACGGAGUUCGCCACCUUGCGGAGUUAUUAGCCUUCAUGUCCUAUGGCGCAUGUGCUACGCCUGACAAAAACAUGCGGCUAGGCCGUAGCUCGAACAAUUUAUUUAGAAACUCGUCGGCCUCCCCAGCCUGAUUUAUGUAUGGCUAUUUGAUGACAGCGACAUGCAGCUCCGAAAUGUUCAGGUUAUCAGUCUAAGCUCCAAAUUUUCUCACUGCUGCGUCCUUAAGGUGUUUUUUAAAGUUUUCUUUACUGGCAAGGGUGUGGUUUGUGGUCGGGGUUACUUCGGGAAGCAAUUGUGUUAAAAGAAAAUAACUGAGGAUAUAUAUAUUUGUACGUGCCAGAGGAAGGAAUAAGAAGACCUCACGGUGGCUGUUGCGUGUUGGUAGUCAAGACGCUUUAAGGUAGUCAUCGGAGUAAAAAUACUACAGUGCAGUACCUUUCUGACGAUGCCUUUAAAGGGGAAUUGAAUUCAUUUACUAUUAUCAUUAAGUAGUAAAAAUAGUGUCACCUUUAAUUGGUGACAAUAUGGAGAACUAGAAUGUGUGAUACCGCAAAUUUCUUAGAUAUUAACCUCUUUUGCUCAACACAAACGCUCCCCGAAAUAAGUAAUCCCGGCCGUAGACCGUACCCUGGCCCUUUUUAUUUUUGAGGAUACGCUCGUAAUUUGUUAAAAAGUACAGUUGUUCAUAAAGUGUUUCUCUUACCUGUGUGCGCUAUUCCCCUAGAUUCGAACAACCAAGCGUGUUUCAACCUGGCCAGUGGCUUUUGUUGGAGGACUUCCCUGGGAGGGAUGUGUCACAAAACCUUACGAGCCGCAUGUGAUUGAGAGAAUGUGGUCCGUAUUCAAACCCUGGCGGGUUUUCCCCGUUGACAUGGCAGGCUUUGCUGUGAACUUAGAUCUGAUACUAUCCUACCCCACUGCGGAGUUUGUCUACCACAAGAAACCCGGCCUUCUGGAGACAGAGUUUCUCAAGCAGCUAGGGCUUCGGAAUUUCACUGAAAUGGAACCUAAGGCAGAUGGUUGCAAGCGGGUAAGUGGCUGCCGCCCGCCAAAUAAAUUGUUCUACUGACCCAAUUGUGAAAUGCUCGACGGAAGACUUCCGAGUCUUUCCCAAUAGGGGUCAGUUGAUUUAUUUGAAUCCACCCAAAUACCAACUCAGUUGUUCUUUGAAAAUCAUUCUUAGGGGCCAGUUCCUUGUUUAUUUUAGUCUGGAUCCCACAUCUCUUAUGUCACGUCCUUUUUUUCUGUCCCUUUCUGUCCUACCUUUAAUACCCAUUCUCACUGUCGCACCCAGGUUCCAGCUGUGUAUUUCUAAUGAGCUACUUUGACUAGAUCCGGCCAUUAAUUUCAACACAGCGCGCGAAAUCUGUUCUGUUAAUUUCUACGUGGCUUUUUCAUAAAAUCGGUUAACUCUAAAGACGGAGAUUUUCUACAUGAAGAAAAUUGUUCCGACCAGAACGCACUUAUUUAGCCACGAAAAGCGAAAUUGGGACCAGAUCGUUAUUACAACCGACAUGCUAAUUUACUUUUCUUAACUGUGCUGCGAUUGGGUCCAUUGGAACCGACCUUGAAGAUGUGGCACAUGAUGCCUUCUAUCCUUCCAUCGCAGUCCUUCGCCAGUGGGUCUAGUGAGUUCGAAUGACUCUUCUCCAGCGGUGGGUUCACGAACUAUCUCAACACAUUGACUGACCGUGUCAAGUCUGGUUUUGAGCUGACUUCCUUUUCGUCGCCUUCAUUGGGGAAGCGGCCUAGGGGCUUAAGGCAUUAGCAUUGUGCCAUACAAUGCGUCCAGACAACCUCAUCUGUCUUCCUUGGGUAUCUGGACGAACUCUCGUGAUGCCGCCCGAAACCCUCCAACUUCCUCGUGUCUUCAACACACCCAGACUAGCGUAAAGCUCCUUCAAAAAUCAAGCCCACGAUAUUAGAUAUCGCGAGUGACAGGAUGGCAGUUCGACCAUCGAUUUCGAUGAUGUCCACCGUGUGCCCCACAGCUGCAGCAGCGGUGGGAGCAGGGACGGUGACUUGCGCAGGGGUUUACAGUGCCGGUAGACUAGCGCUGCAUCUACCUACACUCUCUCCUCCUCCUUCGCCCGGUGUCAAGAAGACCGGAGACGAGGGAGGCCGCAGGUGGAUGGCUCGGUCGGAUCCUCACCUUGGCGUCCCACCACACCCCCUGGUCCACACAACAAAUAACCAGGAUUUCAACCAACACAACCGAGAUUGGAGUGACAGGAUACUACUUUGUUGGACGCCUGACCGAAUAUUGAGCGAUUCUGGAGUAUUGUAAAUACUAGGGACGCGGGCACUAGUAGGCCGUCGACUUUAACGAUGCUGCUUAGGAUCGUUAUCAACCUCGAGGACUUACGAUUAACGUUACUAACCACUGCUGCUAAGCCCUGAGAGCACACGGCCAUGAAUUGCUGGUAGCUAUAUUUAGAUACCCAAGCGCCAAGUGGCGGGUAUUCGUUACCAACUACUUCGAUUCAGGCUCUAGAUCAGAACCAGAUCCCAGUUUUCGAGUCUCGGAUGUCUUGGACUUUCUUGAAUUUUCCUCAUCGAGUCGUAUGGUAUACAGAGCUUUAGGCGCGUCCGAGAGGUGACCUCCAACGUUUAUGCGGAAGAAAACGCAAUCUAACCGAAGGAAGGUGCCGCUUUCAUCACCACGCAUCGAUCCGCCACCAUGCUUCUAACCGCGCAGCCUCUAGUUCUCCAGAAUGUAAGCGGUGUGACUGACUGGAGUACAAAUUCAGUUCCAUUUGCGGCAUUGUUCGAAGCGUAUACUGCCCACGCGACUUUGGUUAACUUAGCUCGACCAUAUUUAACUACUUCCGCAUCGAGCCCCAGGACAAAGUCGGUUGUAGAGAAAUCACCGGUCCCAUCUGGCAAUUUCAAUCCCCGAAAACGAUAAAUGGAUCACGAUGACGACGUUCGUCAACCAUUUUGCAGCUGUGAAUAGUACAUAUCUUUGUCUGGGAACUGAUUGCUAGAACGAAAUUUUUUUCUCAACCGCUUCCUGAGACUCGCCCUUGCCCUCGUACAUUUGUCUUGCUGUUCGGCAGCCGAUGCAGCCACGCAGACGGGAACAAACGAAUGGUUUGGAAGGUACGUCUUCACUCACAAGUCGCUGAUUAGCCUCCACUCGAUUGACCAGUUGCCGUGCAGUGGUUGUUAAAAGCGUCGUAUGGGCCUCUGCGAUUGGGUAGAAAGCUGUUGUGCAUUUCGCAAAUCUUGAUAUCCAGUAACUGGAGUUCGAGAUACGGACGUCAACAGGCGUCAACAAGACACCAAUGAGAAUCGUGACAUCGUCGGACUUUGAGUACCGCGACCGAGGUACGUUAUUGCACCCCGUCAUCUAGUAUCAGGAGCCGCCCCUGGUUGACUCCUUCGCCCAUACAACAGGACCGGUGUUGUGGAGCUCGUUUAUUCCUGUUAACGCUGUGUAUGAAUCAUUAUACUAUAUUUGAUUCAAUAACUGGAGACUCUUCGACUUAUCGGAGUCGCCACCAUCCUACCUUUUGUUUUCGAGGGUGACACCUGUAAUACUUUGAAUUGUUAGGACCUCACCUUAAACUAUUGUCAGCCAAAGGACCUAUUGCGACACAUUUCUACCACCUUCUCUUCGUAUGCACUAACUUCAGGGCCACCCGCUUUUCCAAACCGUAUGGCUUUUCUGUGCUCAAAGUUGAACGGUACUGUCUGUGCUACUGUCACUGUCGUCCAAUAAAUUAAUGCCUUUCAACAUUUUAGAUCCUUGUCUGGCAUACACAAACCAAGCCUCCUGAGCUUAACUUCGUGCAAUCCCAUCUGUCUGGAAAAAUGCCGGAGCUCUUUCCCGAUGAAAUUUAG